GUGUUUUAUUCUGGGCAACUUAACAGCGCCUGCAUGCUCAAUGUUCUGCAAAGUAGACCCAGCAGGAGCAGAGAGAGGAACCCUCCACUGGAUCCUCAUGCUGACAGCCAUCCAAUCCAAAACGCCUAUUCACUAGUGUGGACGUUAAACUGUGCGGCUCUGACAGGAUGGAUUUCUUAGACCGCGGUUACCUGGACGCGCGGUCUCCUUAUGAUUACACCUUUAAUUUUUGGAACGACUACCUCGGGCUGUCGACACUUGUCGCCAAAAAUAAGAUCAACAGUCCGCCCUUCAGCCCUAACUCUAUAACCGAGUCUCUUAAAGCGACUUUGGGACUGGAGGACGAUUCCCCGGUUUGCUCCUGCGUAAUUGGGCAGGGCAGGGACACCAACGACGGACCCUUGGACUGCUACUGCGCGGCCCCGAGCUCCCCGCCAAUCUCCAUCUAUGAUCUCAAAGAGCGCAUCUCGCUUCUCAGGCCAUACGAACACCUCGCUAGUGAUUCGCAGCUGGGGGACAGAGAUUCCCCCUCGUACAAGGGAAGCUUCUCUGGCUUCGACCUGCUCGCCAUGGACCGAAGACGCAAACAGGCUCAGAGGGGCAAACCGGAGCCCAAAGUGUGCGUCUUCUGUCGGAAUAACGGCGCACCAGAGGAAGUUUACGGCACCCAUAUCCUGAAGACAGUGGACGGCAGAGUGCUUUGCCCCAUCCUCCGGGCGUACACCUGCCCCCUCUGCAGUGCCAACGGUGACAAUGCGCACACCAUCAAGUACUGCCCGCUUUCUAAAGACCAGCCGAGCCAGAGAGUGGCAAAGGGGGGCAGAGCGAUUGGCAAACGGCUGAAAAUCUUCUGAGCGAGCAGAUGAAGUUAAUCACGUUUGAGUGGCACUGUCUGAAAUUACUAAUGUCUGUGGCAGUAAAAUCGCUCCAUUUGACGCACAAGACAAGUCUGGAAAAAGAAAGAAACGAUCUGAAGAAAUACGAUUUCUAUUCUUUUUUUUCUUCUUUUUGUACAUGUAACAGCUUCAUUUCCAGUGUUUCUGUCUAUACUGUAACUGUGGGCACAUAGUUUACACUUGGACGCACUGCGCGUAAUAUAACCCCCAGCACUCUUUAAAGACUUGGUGAUUAAAAAAAUGAACCAAAGUACUAUACAGAUCGACCUGUGAAUGAUCGCCUUCAUGCUAUAAUCAGAAGUUGCUGUGUUUCAAGUAACGCAGUGCCAGUGCAAACAGCCCAGCAGUCAGCGGGCUGCUCUUGCCAACAUAAAUGAAUAUGCAGCACUCCUGAUAUGAGGUGAAUGUUUAGUCCCACAGCCCAUUGGCCCCAUGGAUGUAAGAAGUGUGACAGGCCGUGCAAGAGAUGCAAGAUCUACUUCUUUAUGUCCUGCACAUGUUUUUUCUCCCUUCCUUGAGAUCUAUGUUUUCUACCAAAGGAAUACACUUUUUGUAUUGCAACUUAGCCUAAAGGUAAAUUUCUGUAGUUUAUACGUCGCUCAUGUCUGAUAUUCUUUAUGUGAUUUCGUGUAAAUAGGUAUCUUACACAUUUCAAGUGAAUGUAAAACACUGGAGGUGAGAUCUGACUUUCAUUUCUGUCAUAUAGUUCAAGUACACACACUGACUUGUUUUUGUUUUGUUUCUUUAAACGUGGAAAUGUGCACCUGCAAUUCUUGUAAACGUACAAACGAUUUUAGCAAUGAAAAGCCUGACAUUCCAAAGUCUAUCUGUCAACUAAAAUGUUUUAUGUACUUAUUUUUACCUUAUGUACCACUGGGAAAUAUAUUCGCUGUAAAUGACCUCUGAAUAAACAUGGGAUUUGCAGAUUU